GACUAAGUAACACAUAAAUGUAAAACCAGGAUACAACAGUUAAUAUAAAAGAGUUAUUAGAGUUUGUUUCUUUGUUUUUAAUGAAUUACUCCUGAUUUGGUCUGAGUCACUCAAUCGGUAUUUCUGGGUUUUUUAAGAAGAGCAAGAAUCAGUGAUCAGAUAAUGCUCCUAAAUAUUUUUAACUAUAGGCCGGGAAACCUCGCCAACUCGCACACAAGUUCACCUUCAAAUCAAACCAACUGACUUCCAAGUAGAGAAGUCGGUAUAGAUAUUCACUUCCUGUUUCCAGCCUGGACUGUUAAUGAUUAGGGGGGGUUAAAACCAUGAAACACAAGACUGGUUGUGUGUUUUCCUUUGAGUCACAACAGCUGAAAAUUUAGACCACAAAUCACAUGUAACCAGUGCACAUCCCCAAUAUUCACAAAAUGUCUUGAGACUAGCUGAGACUCAUUCGCUUAAUGCUGAACAUAUUCGCAGCAGAGAUGAGCCAAAUAAAUGUACAGUCGGCAACUUUAAUAAGAAUUUGAUAAUGUAAUCUACACGUCUUGUUAUUUGGUUACAAACUCCAUGUGGUUUUACCCAUUAUGUUAUAUAUAUGUGUGUGUGUGUGUGUGUGUGUAUCAAGUGUGUUCAUCUUUGGUAGCGAUGAAAACCUAUGAUUUCUGUCCACAGUCUUGUUGUUGACAGAAAUCCUAGGUUUCUGUUGUUGUUUUAAAGUAAUUAAAGAUAAAUGCUGUACAAUCAUUCCACCCUGGAAAAAGAACAGUCCAAAGAAGUCAUUCAAAUCCCCAAAAUUCCCAUGAAAUUCAUGGCAAGUUUUGGAUUUAGAGGGUAAUUUGCAAUGAGUGGAUACAAACUUCAGACCCGAGCUGUAGCUACAGGUCUGCUCUCAGUCCAACUGGGAAAUGCAUCUAAUACAUUACAUUAACAAGUAAACGGGAGUAAUUUUUGAUGAGUCAAGUCAGUUUCUUAAAGCGCCAGUGACACUUCAUGGACUUUCUCAGUUUUCAGACUACUCCUAAAUUUGAAGAUCAUGACACGGCUUGUCUUUUUUCUUCCGUGCUACUGAUUUUGUAAUGUUAGUUAGUAGUUAUGCGUGUGAAAAAUCAGAGGUUUUCUCUAGCUGUGCAACAUUCAGGAAAUACUGUGUUGUACUUCCUUCUUUUUUAAGCACGUAUAUUCCAGACAUCUUGUUGGGCAACUGUAAAUUAUUGCUCGGCUGGUAAAACUAGUGGGAAAAUAACUCGUGCUCAUUAAGUACAUAAUAGGUGUACUUCCCAAAACCACACCCCUUGAAACAGGCUCUUUGAUAAAGGAGCUGCACUACUUGCCACGAGUUAGUCUGCUUUGUGGGACGCCAUGGACCGACAAGUGAGCAUUGUUUCAAGGCAAGAGUGGGGAGCAGCCGCUGCCAAACAAACCAAGGCUCUGAAAGGACCUGCCCGAAGAGUUGUUAUCCACCACACUGCCUACCCAAGCUGCAAAGGCCUGGCUGAGUGCAAAGCCAGCCUUGUCAGUAUUCAGAGAUACCACAUGAAAGACAGAAAGUUUGAUGAUAUUGGAUACAAUUUUCUUGUUGCUGGAGAUGGGACUGUGUUCGAGGGUCGUGGCUGGGGUGUGAUGGGCGCACAUGCCAAAGACCACAACAGUGACUCACUGGGAAUUGCCUUCAUGGGGAAUUUCAACAAUGAGACGCCGAGUGAAAAAGCAGUCGUUGCGGUGAAACAGCUGCUGCAGUCUGGAGUUUCCGCAGGAUUUCUACAGCCUGGGUUUGACCUGUAUGGACACAGAGAUCUGGGAAACACAGAGUGUCCAGGAGAAAAGCUUUACGCCGCACUGCCACGACUGAGGAGCACGUCGUGAACCUCGCAGACGAUUUGUCAGUGUUUUGAGGGGAAAUUGCACCCCUUCCUUAAAUUGCACACAGACCCCAUGACCAGCUUCUGUGAAGUAAGCAAGGUGUUAGGAGGAAGAAGCUUUCUAGAUCCGACACUAAUGCUCACAUUUCUUUUUUCCUCGUCACAUUAUAUGCAUAUUAUUUGCACAUUAUUAUAUUUUUUAUUAUCUGUUAGCAGGAAGAGUCUGUUUUCACAGCCUGUCAGAGCUUUCUUUUACAGCAGAGGGAGCCGUUGCAUGGGAUGAGAAUAACGCAGGCUUUAUCUGUUUAGAAGUGCAACUGGAAACUCAAUGAUUAAUUGGUUAAGAAUUGACAAAAAGUCUUAUAAUUUAAAAGCUAUGAUUCUUAUAAUUGCUGUGUGAUGUCAACAUAUAGAAAGCACCGUAAAGAUUUCAAAUAUUGUGUCACAUUUGUUGCAUCUUCGAGAUCAGCAGACUAAGCUGAAGCUCAAAGUAAAAGAAAAUUCUAUAUAGAGCUAUUUAAAACUUAGUGCUGACAACAUAUAGGCAUAUAGGGAAUAAUAUAUGGGGAUUCUAAGUUAUUGUGGACCUCUGACCUCUUCUACAAGGUCAAAUUUUUAUAAAAUGUCUUGUAUCUUUAAAGUUGUACUUAAAAUUCUGCUGCCUUUGUUUGUAUUGGCAACAAUCAGGAAAUAACUCAGGUGUAUGGGGAUUCGAAAUAUCACAUUAUAGUUUGGCUUUUAAAUUUCACAUCCGCCUUUCUUUUAUGCUGACCUCAGAAAUGUGUUUUAUAUUUAAAGAGAAAAUUGAGACAAAGACAAUGAGCUUCCUAGUUAGUUAGAAAUAUAUUGUAGUAUCCUAUUAUAUAAUAAGUUAUUCAUGUCCCAUUAUUUACAAAUCAGUACCUAUUAUUCAUUAUCUACUUCUCCAAAAUGUAAUGUAAAUGUAUAAUCAAAGUAAACAUCUGUCAAAUUUCUCUUAACUAAUUUUUUCUUAAAGGACAUUUAAAAAGAACAAAGAAAAUAAAAAGAAUACAAUAAAAACACAAUAUUGUUCCUUUAAAAGUUAAAAACACACAAACUGAGCUGUCUUGGCAGAGGUUUGCAGUCUCAGAGUGCUUCUUUUUAUUACUCGAUUCAUUGUUUGUUUGAUUUUUUUUUUUAC